AUGGCGAUUGACAGGAAACAUCCGCUAUUUCUCACUGUGAUAUUUGGACUGGUUCUAGCUGGAGUUGUCUCCCAGGAUUUGAUUGUGACACAUGCACCAAAGUAUGUACAUUUCCAGGAACAAACUGAGAAACUUCAGACCAGUGAUGUACCUAAAGUCAUCUCUCACACCCUUGGAGUUCCAGCAGAGGAGGUGUCAUGGACAGGACUGAAACAUGGGUCAUUGUUUAAGCGACCAAAAGCCAAUGUUUUAAUCUCAGUGACAGGAUACGAGGGCAUCAAAGAGAAUCCUCUCAAACUGAAGAGUAUUGCCAAGUACCCGGUCACAAAUGAUGUACCAAGCUUGGAUAUAGGAGAGUUAAUGAACAACCUACAGAACACAUUCUUUGACAAAAACCCUCUUCUCUUGGAUGCUGGAGUGGAUAAUAGCUUUUUUGACGUACACACAGACUUCGAUGUGUUCCGUAAAAUCCCAGACACAAUGCGUCGUAUGGCUGACAGGUUGACUGAUCCCGAUUCUCUUCUUCAAACUCUUACCACAGGCACACUAAACUCGUCAUCACCAUCCCAUCUCAAACUGAUGGGUGAGCUCCAGAUGAUUCAGGAUGUCUUUAACACGCUCUCGGACAAGCCAGAGAUCCUGUCAUCCAAAUCACCAGAUCUUCUCUCCUUCAACAUUGCUGGUCUUAGAGAUGUUGUCGGGAAACAUGGUGCUCAGUCAUCUGAAGCAGCGGACGCAUCUAAUCUAGUCACGGACUUCAUUCACAAGAUCACAGAUGACUUCCGUCAUCUUUACAAGGACAAUGUCAUAGUGGAGGUGUUGGUUUUGACCCCACAAGCUCAAGGUUACGUAAGGAAGGUCAGAAGUCUCAAGGCAACAGCUGAAGUGACGGGGGAUAUUCCAGACGUGAACUUGUCCAAGGAUUAUGAUGAAGACUACUCUAGUGUAUUUAACAUCAUUUUAUGGUUCAUGAUCGUCAUGGCGAUUGUUUUGUUUGCUGUCUGCUAUGGUAUGUGGAAUAUGGACCCCGGCAGGGAUAGCAUCAUUUAUAGAAUGACUACGACACGUCUAAAGAAGGAUUAGAUCUUAGUCUCUUGGCGUGUUCUGUUUAUAAGUGGACUAUGGCGGCAGAGCUCAUCAGGUUGAAGAUAGUAUCAAAAUUUCUAGAAAAAUAAACUUUUUCAAUCCUUUUUUUUCCUAGAAUUAAUUAAAUAUUCUUAAUAUAUGGAUGAUUAUUUAGAAAUGCAGCAAACACAAAUGAAAUUGUUGAAGAAUAUGAAAAUACAAAUAGCCAAGAAGGUUGUAUUUGCCUCAUUUGGUAUAAGAAGUUUAUAGCUUUUUAAGUACAGUAGAGCCAAACGCUUUGAUGAUUCAUAAAUGAAUGUUUUGAGUUUUAAAUCAUCUGAUCUUAUAAACAGAACACAUGAAUUAGGUCUAUUGAUAGAUUUAUAUAGGUAAAGUAAUUUGAGGCCAUUCUACAGAGAAAAGCUAAAAUUAGAAAAAAAAAUCCACACUUUAGAUGAAGUUACAGGGUAAUCUUACACAUAAAUUAUCUCUGAUUUAAAACUAAAAAUCUACGAAAUAUAUUUGGCUAUUGGGCUGUAAGACAGCAGGGAGACCAGAAGGUUUUAGUUUGGUGCAAACUAUCAUAGGGCCAUUUCGCUGAAGAAAAACUAAAAAUUGCUGACGUCUGAAGUUUUCAAAUUUAUGUGUGUUUUAUUAAUGAUGUAUCUAGUCUUGUCUGAUGUGGAUGUAAUUAAUAUGAUUUGAUUAAAAGUGAAUCAGUUGUUGCUAUUUAUGAAGUUAUAAGAAAAUAAUGUUAAGAUUAAAAAUCUUUGUAUAGAUAUGUGAAUAAUUCAACAUUGAAGAAUUUUAUUAAUUUCAUAGUUAUGAGAUAUAAUUGUGCUGAUAUUUGUGUGUAAAGUAUGUAAGGUGAUAUGUAAACAUAGGUGUAUUUAGUCAUUUCUGCUCAUACUAUAGAAAAUCCAUUUAGCAUAGUCCCAAGAUGUGGUCCUGUGACUUUGAAUUUUUCUUCAUUCCGAGAAAUUCUUUUGUCGAUAUUGGAAGAAAUUAUUUUAAUUCACAAGACAUGCCAAAGUCGGAAGGACUUUUUUCUUCUCACAAUGUAACAGUAUAUAUAUAUGUAUCGUAUAUAUGUAUCUAAUAAUACACAACAAUAUGAAAGUCUGUGACAAGAAAACAGCAAAAUGACUGAAUAAAAAAGUACAGUUUUAUAAUUUACCUACCAUAUGUUUUGAUUAAGCUAAGUGAAGCUGAUGAUGUGAUAAGUGUGUUAGAGUAGGAGAGGUAUCUCACCUUGGAUGUAUAUAUUAUAUAUGAAUAUCUGGGAGCUGUUAGCGUAAAAAUGGAUCAUUACAUGUUUUAUAUUGUGUAGAAUAACACAUUCCGUUUAGGUCUGUAACUAUUACAAUUAUAUAUAUAUUACUGUUUUUGUCCUUGUCUAUGUGUGUGAUUCAACUGUUGUACACUGUUAUGGGUGAUCAAUUCCCAAAAUUGAGAAGACUUCUGUACUAAAUGUGUCUGCACAAUUUUGCAACUUAACCCCAAACCUCACUUUCCCUUUGAUUAUAUCAAUUUCAUGAAUGUUAUUCCAGUGAAAAUACAUCACAUUCAAAUUUUAAUACUAUCCAAGUUAAAUAUUCAAACGUGACCUAUAAAUUGAACUUAUGUAAAUCAAAAUAUAUGUUCCGAUAAAUUUUCAAUAUCUUAUGGAACUUGAUGAUGUAUUGUGAACAGAAAGUGAUGACAGCUACUCUGAUACAAUGUUAGAUUUAACAAGACUAUGUUGUCUUGUAUAUUUCUUUUAAUAUGAAGCAUUUUUUUACCUUUUUUUUGCAGUUAUUUUGUUCAAUAUUUUUAUUGAAUUCCAAUUUGCUGCAGUCCAGUCAUUACAAGUUAUAAGGUUAAAUUGUUUUGAGUGGAAAAGUAAUUAAGCUGGGUGUGUGGCGAGAUUGAAACCAAAUUAUCAUUAUACAUGUGAUGCUUAUACAACAUACAAAUGUAGAUCAACAUUAUUGUCACUUAGUAACCAAGAACAAAAAAUAUGUUUAUAUAAUAUUGUCUCAUUUUCAUAUCAGGAUACCUUAAAUUGCACUUUCUAUAUGUUGGUGGGUAGAUUUAUCAGAUAAAUAAAUCAGGUAUACAAAG